UUAAUUGUUUUACAGUUGAUAUAUUAUAUCAAACAUAUAAGUCGUUGUGUAUCAGAGCGCCCAAAUUAGUACCUAUCUAUAUUUAAAAAAUGAAUACUCUAAUGAGACAGGUUUCUAGAACUAUUACACAAACAAGUUCAAGGAAUUUAACAGCAACUACAAUGCUCAAUCAGCUGCCACACACGGAAGAAAAACAUGUAGAAGUUGCGUAUAAUAUGCCGUUAACGUGCUUGUCUGAAGAUGAGAAAGCCAUGAAAGAAACGGUUGCCAGAUUAGCUCAAGAACAAAUUGCCCCCUACGUCAGAGAAAUGGAAAACGAGGGGAGAUUCAAGGAGUCUAUUACCAAAAUGUGCUUUGAAAAUGGGUUUUAUGGUAUGGAAAUAGAUCCAGAAUACGGUGGAGCUGGGUGUAAUUUCAUGACAACCAUCCUUGUUAUAGAAGAACUAGCCAAAGUUGAUCCUGCUGUUACGGUACCGAUCGAUAUCCAAAAUACUCUCAUAAAUGCUGUGAUAAUUAAAUUAGGAACAAAAGACCAGAAAGAAACGUACUUACCUAGAUUAGCGACCGACACAGUCAGCAGUUUUGCAUUAACAGAAGCAAGUUCUGGUUCUGAUGCAUUCGCUUUGAAAACCACAGCCAGAAAAGAUGGAUCUGACUAUAUUUUGAAUGGAUCCAAGAUGUGGAUAUCGAAUGCUGAUAUAGCUGGUAUCUUCCUAGUCAUGGCCAAUGUGGAUCCCUCAGCUGGAUACAAAGGAAUCACGUGCUUCAUUGUAGACAGAAACAUGCCCGGAUUCAGCGUCGCCACACCGGAAAAGAAACUGGGAAUGUGUGCUUCUGGUACUUGCAUGGUCAACCUCGACAACGUACGUGUCCCAGAAAGUUCCAUUCUCGGUGAAGUUGGUCAAGGUUACAAAAUAGCAGCCGGAUUCCUGAACGAGGGAAGAAUUGGAAUAGCGGCUCAAAUGCUGGGAUUGGCACAAGGUUGCUUUGAUGCCACCAUACCAUACACCCUCGAGAGAAAACAAUUUGGACAGCCAAUUUUCUCAUUCCAGAGCAUGCAACAUCAAAUCUCACAGAUAGCUACCCAACUGGAAUGUGCUCGACUACUCACCUAUAACGCGGCUCGACAGGUGGAAGCUGGGAUACCAUUCGUGAAAGAAGCAGCAAUGGCAAAAUACUACACUGCUGAAGUUGCUCAACAAACAUGCAUCAAGUGCAUAGAUUGGAUGGGCGGAAUAGGAUUCAGCAAAGAUCUGAUGCAGGAAAAAUUCUAUAGGGAUGUGAAGAUUGGCAGUAUAUAUGAGGGGACAUAUAAUAUGCAAUUGAGUACCAUAGCGAAGUGCAUUGAGAAGGAAUUUCAGCGAUGAGAGUUCGACAUGAUUUAUAAUAUUAACAGUCAUUAGGACUCAGGAGCUCAUUUGGAUUACAAAGUUUGAGUCCGGAAAACCAUUAUUCCUGCCAAAAUUCAUAUAAGUAUAUUUUUACAUAUCUCCAACUGUUUUAGAUUAUUCUGAAUAAUAAUUUAUAUUCUUCGAUAUCUACCUAGUUU